AGCGUGAAAUUCGUGAUAAUAAGAAAUUUUCGAACUCGCAAAAAAAGCUACUUUUUAUGUGGAAAUAUCGCGGAACUAAGUUAUGCUAGUGAAACAGCUCUACUUCACGAAAUGAAUGUCUUGCUCCAGAACCCUUCGAACUGUUUCGUUUAGAUGGUACGCGGCGAAUUGAAGACGAAGGAAAGAGUGAAAUAUCACUUUCAACCAUCGUGCCAUUCUCUUUUAUUUUAUACGAGAUGUCAGCACGCAUACUGUCAAUACACCCAAUGUGGAAGUGUGUGGAGGUAGUAGAGUAGUAUGCCAAGUGCCAACAUGGCUACAACCGACUGCGAGCGAAGUAGAAGUAAAUGCUACGAUUGAUUAAACCCGAUGUAUUUGUAAAAAUUAUUUCGUUCGUUAUUUCGAGAUUGAGGAAUUCGAUUUGUUUGUUAGGAAGAAUGUGGCCGUACUCUCCGUGGUGACAGAGGCAUCCGUAAACCGGAAUUAUUAAUCACGUUUACCCCGCUGAUAUUGUGUAUACUUCUGUAUGUUCCAUCGUCUUGAAAGAAACCUGGAAUCGGCGUUCCUCAGAAUACACAUUCACAAUGACCGACUCAGCGAAACUCUUUGCUUGCUCCACAUCAGGAUGCAAUAUGAGCUUUGCAAAUGAGGAUCAAUUAACAGUGCACAAAAAGAAACACGACAUGAUGUUAAAUCUUAACAAUAACUCCAAGAGUGCCGGAUUCGUUGAUCAAACUCCAACGCCAACGAGGUUCUUAAAAAAUUGCGAGGAAGUUGGUUUAUUUCAAGAUCUGCAAAAUGUUGUCAAUCCUUUCGAAGAGACGUUUCGAAGGGCUGUCGAGGCUGGAAAUACUGGCACGCUUAUAGUAUCAGAGGCUGGAAUUACGGACGAUACGCUGCAUACGCCUCAUAUUUUUCCUUAUAUAUCGGACGUAUUGCCCGCAAAUAGUCAAAUUCUUUCCGAAGACAACGUCGAAGUCUGUUCUUCGAGCGUGUCUCUUGCCGAGAAAGAGGAGGAAAGCGUUAGAAAGACUGAAUGCAACAGUAUUAAAUUAAGUACAAACGAGACACAGGAACUGAUGAAAGAUUCGGCUGUCACGUCUGUGAAGGUUGAUACUCUCCCGACGGAUAUUAUUGCUUCAAAUGCAAAUAUACCUAUAGCGCCUAAACUUUCACCGACACAACCUACGUCUCACUUGUCUAUUAACGGCGAGGAAGUGCAAUUGUUACUGAAAACCGCGGACGGUAAAUUAAUGCAAUUGUGCGCGACACCGGUAUCGGAGUCUUCUAACGUAUCGAAUGUUAGUACCGAGCAGCAAACCGUUGUUAUCAGAACCGAACCGGCCCUGCGGUGCGCAAUGAAACUGGAGCCCAAGAAGACUGUGAUCUCAAGAUUAUCAUUAGCGAAAAUGGUAACGUCUAAUUGCGCCGACGAUUCGCGUUUCAAGAUAAGUCUCUUAGAUAUCCCGUUACAGAAGCUGAAGCAAUCCCUGUCCAAGAGCGUGAUCGCGCAGAAUCAAAAGAUGACCGACGGAUGCGCGAAAACGGACGCGGUUGCCGCCGUGAAGAAGGAGGGCGUCAAGAAAACGAUCGAUCAGCUUAAGAAAAAAGACAUUCUUGAGCGCAAUCGUGCCAGUUCUAUGCGUGCACGGGCCAAAAGGAAGGAGUGGAUCCAAGAGCUCCAGAGAACGGUGACCAACGUGAACGAGACGAACACGGUCUUGCAGAUGGAAGUAAAAACUUUACGCAAGGAAGUCGCGAGAUUGAAGACUCUUUUGCUGGCCCAUAAGGAUUGUCCAGUCACAAAGGCGAUGCAGCAAAAAGGAAUAAUUCUUGGACCCAAGAUAAUAUCAGUAGAUAAUCCGGAGGUACUUACGGUGCCGAUAUCGGCCAACGGCGUCCCCGUAAAACGAUCGGUCUCCUACACGACGGAGAUCCCGAGCGUGCCGACGAAGAAAUCGACCCUGAUCACGAAGAAUCCGGUGAUACUCCCGAAGAUGGAUUGCGGCACCGCGAAUCUCGCGAUUCCGAAUGCGACGAUCAUAAAAACUCUACCGGCGCUGAAGAUCGUGGGUGUUAAUCAGUUUAUGACGGAGAAGUCGGAGGGAACAAAACAGAUUCUGAUCGUGCAAAAUCAAUCGAGGAAAUUGUGUGAGGCUACACCUAGGCAGAUUAUUCAGAUAAAUCCGAAUUACGAAGUCGAGCACGCGGCAUCCAAGAGUACGGGAACGUAAUUAAUCGCCCCCUCGUAACGUUCGGGAAUUUGUAAUGCAAAUGCCGAAGUUCUUGCGGUUUAAGAUGAUCAGCGAAUAGACGAAUGAAUCGAUUCUAUGAGCUACGCGAUAUGUUAUCGUGGGAUAGAGCAAGUUGUAUGACGUUCAUGAAGAUGAUCACAAACGAAAUCUACCUUAACGCGUCUCCCGUUUUUUCAUCUUCCAUGAUAAAUAAUUCCGAUAUUUUCUAUUUUAGCCAUUAUUUCACGAAUAACUGUUUAAUGUUAAACCAUCGCAGACGCAUAUUCCUAGUAUAAAGGAAUGUGGAGUAAUACAGGUAGUACCAUUUUUUUAAUAUUAUUUAUUGCGUUUACAAUAAAACAGAUUUUUAUUGAAAA